GAUAGGACGGCACCUGGACAUCACUCUGUUCUUCAACUGAGAACACGGGACAGUUGCCCCGGGCAUUCUGUUGUAACGGGACAAGCAUUGGAGCUUGGCGCAAAUUCUGACGACCCAAAAAACCCUAAACAGAACCGCACCCAAGAUCUUCGUCUUCAAUGCUCAAGACUUCCAUGUUGAAAUAAAUUUCAACACCAAAAUUUGCGUUUUCCUAUAUCUUCUCAACACCGAAAGCCCUAAUUGAGUUAUCCAAAUUCGAACCACGGAAUGGCUGAUCCACCUCCAAUCCCGAAUCUCUCUGAUGACUUCAGUUCCCUGCCAAUUCCGCCUCUCGAUUCCAUGUUCUUCUCCGGACAGAAUCAUACCUCCUCCUUCCCCGACGAUCUCGACUUCGUUCUUGAGGAUAACUGUGAUUUCGAUAUCUCCUUUGGUGAUCUCGACAACCUCUACUUCCCUUCCGAGUCAGACAAAUUUGUCCUCCCCGACGGUCAGCUUGGUAAUUUCACAUCCGAUAUGGACCAGGUCACGUGUUUGAAAAAUGAUGAUACUAGCCCCGACGAGGUCAAACUCUCGGUUACUGCCUCGCCCGAGUCGGGCAGUUCUGGAAUUUCGGGCAAUCGCGAGUUGUUAGAUGUUGAUACGUACAUGAAUUAUUCGACAUCGCCGCAAAAUUCGGCUAAUCAGAGCUCGAAUUUGGAUUGUAAAUGCUGCGAACCCUUGUCUUCUCAGGGAUCCGGGAAUUCCGGCUCGGGUGCGUCAUCUGGGAAUGCUCCUUCUCUGGAUUCGGGUAAUUUGGUGGUUAAGCAGAAAAUUAAGGUGGAGGAAGAGAACAAGAGCAUAUCGAAGCGGAAAAAUAAUAGUGAUGAGACUACUAGCGAGUUGAGAAGCAGUAAAUAUCAUAGAUCGUCGUCGGCUAAUGAGAACUCGAAUAACGAAGGGGAGAUGAAAAGGAAGGCUAGGCUGAUGCGCAACCGAGAGAGCGCCCAGUUGUCUAGACAAAGGAAGAAGCAUUACGUGGAGGAACUAGAAGACAAGGUGAGAGCUAUGCAUUCUACAAUUGCCGAAUUGAAUGGUAAAAUAUCGUUUUUUAUGGCUGAGAAUGCCAGUUUAAGGCAACAGUUGAAUAGCGGAAGCGCAAUGCCACCACCACAGGUACAUAACCAUAUUGGGAUGUACCCGCCACCUCACAUGGCGGCAAUGCCUUACGCAUGGAUGCCUUGUGGUACACCUUAUAUGCUGAAGCCUCAGGGUUCUAUGACUCCAUUAGUGCCUAUUCCUAGGUUGAAGACUAAACAGAUUUCUUCUCCGGUUAAGGCUAAGAGGAAUGAUAGUAGUAAAUCUAGUAGUAAAACUAAGAAGGUUGCUAGUAUUAGUUUUCUGGGUUUGUUGUUUUUUGUGUUGUUAUUUGGUGGAUUAGUGCCUCUUGUGGAUGUUAAGUAUGGAGGUAUGAGAGAUGGUGCUUCUGGUAGUUACUUUAGUAGUAGAUUCUAUGAUCAUCAUAGAGGAAGUGUUUUGAUGGUUAAUGGGCAUAUGAAUGGAUCUCAUGAGGAUAGGGGUAUUGGAUUUUUCAAUGGGAAAUUUGAUAUUGUUAAUAGCGUACAUGGCGAGAGAGGUUUUGAACAGGAAGAGAGAAGGUCACAGGCUUCUCCUGGUUCAGACGUUUUUGUUAAUCUUGGCAAUGCCAGUGAACCACUGCUUGCCUCUUUAUAUGUGCCAAGGAAUGAUAAGCUUGUGAAGAUUGACGGCAACUUGAUAAUUCACUCUGUUCUGGCCAGUGAGAAAGCUAAGGCUUCUCAUGAGGCUUCUUGUGAGUCUUCUAAAGUGGAUAACAGGAGGGAGACUGGUAUGGCUCUUGCCAAAGCUUUAGCUAUUCCUGACAGAUGGAAUAGUGGGAGGCAAUCAAAUGUAUACAGAAAUCCUGUUGAGAGACAGAAGGCUAUCUCUUCUGGUUCUGCUGAUACCUUGAAGGACAACAUGAAGUCAACUGCAGCACAUGGUAAGCUGCAGCAAUGGUUUAAAGAAGGUCUGGCAGGGCCGUUGUUGAGUUCUGGAAUGUGUACAGAAGUGUUCCAGUUUGAUGUGUCACCGGCUUCUGCUCCUGGAGCCAUUAUCCCUUCAUCAUCAGUUGCUAAUAUAUCUAUAGAAGACUGUCAGAAUGCUACCCAACUUAAUAAUAAGGGAAAGGAUAGAAGGAUUCUCAACGGCCUUCCAGUUCCUCUUGCUGGUUCCAAUCUAAAUAUUAGCAGAGAACAUUCUGAAAGAAAAUCUCCAAAGGAGAGUUUUCAAGGUAAUAAAUCUGCUUCUUCCAUGAUUGUCUCUGUGCUUGUCGAUCCCAAAGAGGGUGGUGAUGGUGAUGUCGAUAGCACAAUCACUCCAAAGUCAUUUUCUCGGAUUUUUGUUGUUGUGCUUAAGGACAGUGUCAAGUAUAUCACAUAUUCAUGUGUUCUUCCUCGGUUUGGUCCUAACCUAGUGACCACUUAGUAUUAAAAUUGGCUCAACCAUGUCGAGCACCGGCUAAGGGUUUGGUAUGUAAGAGAACAAUUAGGAGGUGUUUGGUUUGGGUAAUGUUUUAUUACCAAAAUAGAAAGAUUACUUUGAAGAUAAAUUACUUAAAA